AUGUCCUCCUCCUCCUCCUCCUCCUCCUCCUCCUCCUCCUCCUCCUCUUCAUCCUCCUCUUUCUUCUUCUUCUUCUUCUUCUUCUUCUUCUUUUUCUUCUUCUUCUUCUUCUUCUUCUUCUUCUUCUUCUUCUUCUUCUUCUCUUAUUCUCCUGAGACAGUAGCAUAUGCUUAACUCGCAAAGGAAUGUGAUGUCACAGCUUAGGUUAGAUGCACUCCUAUUAUUCAAAAGUCGUUAUAUCCAGUUGGAACUACAGCAGGUGGGCUAACUCAUGAAAUGUCAACCGAAAUUCCGAAAUGUGUUUUCGUUUCGAAAAGAUUAAACGAGUAAAAUUGUAAAACUAAUCAUCUUGCAGUAUAAGUCUAUAAUAAUUCAGUCGCCUCAGGGUGCCGGCUUUCGAAAGAACUUCUUUCCGGGCUGCAUGCAAGUACGAUAAUGUGCAAAAAUGACUACUUAAGUAGUACGCCUUUUCUCAUUGAUUUUCGAUGUCCUUAAAAAUUCAAUUGUAUUUCAUAGAAAACAUGCAUAAAAAUAUUCAUUCUUUUGCUAAUUCGGUAGGAAAUUACGUCUUCUUCCCAUUUUAUACUCGAAGGAAAAGUAUAAUUCGCUUUUAAAAAACGUUUCCAAUUCCCGGAUAAUUGUGAACCAAGACCUGCCGUUAUGCUUGCAUUUGGGGUUUCCAAACUAAAAAUCGCAUAUUUUCUACGAACGGAAAUGCAUAGAUUUCUCUACGGUAAUAAGAGAAGACCAUAUGAGGUCCAUAAAAUUUAGCAGUGGAUUUGAGCCAUAUUAGUAAAUGCAGAGUCAUGGCGUUUUAUGAACGACCAUUUAACGGUACUAGAAAAUCAAACAAUUAGAACCUUUUUAAAACCGAAUUAUACUCUUCCUUCGAGUAUAAAAUUGGAGGAAGACGUAAUUUUCUACCGAAUUAGCAAAAGAAUGAAUAUUUUUAUGCAUGUUUUCUAUGAAAUACAAUUGAAUUUUUAAGGACAUCGAAAAUCAAUGAGAAAAGGCGUACUACUUAAGUAGUCAUUUUUGCACAUUAUCGUACUUGCAUGCAGCCCGGAAAGAAGUUCUUUCGAAAGCCGGCACCCUGAGGCGACUGAAUUAUUAUAGACUUAUACUGCAAGAUGAUUAGUUUUACAACUUUACCCGUUUAAUCUUUUUGAAACGAAAACGCAUUUCGGAAUUUCGGUUGACAUUUCAUGAGUUAGCCCACCUACAGUGAGCCUUAAAGUGGAUUUACCAGUCACGGAUGAUAGAGGGCCCCACUGCCUCUUCGAAACAUCCGAUACCUGAUUAACCUAUUCCACUGAACGCGGCUUAUUGUACCUUUUGCUCCCUAUGAGGAAAGCAUCUAUUAUCACAAAUUUCAUUUGUUUUUCAUCUAAUUAAAUCGAAAGACGCAAAACACUUGCGUCUGAUUCCGGCCAAGUGAACAGAGAGGGAACUAGGAAGAAUAAAAGGUGAACUUUUGAACUUCCCAGGACCUUCCAGAAAACAGUUAGACAACUACAGUACAAAAACGUCGUUUCCUAUGCUAUGAUUGGCAGGUGGAGGAGGAGGAUGGGUCUCCACUAUCAUUCUUUUCCUUCCAACGCAAUUUUCCAGCCGCCUUCUGUUUCGGCUCCACUGCCCCUGCUACAAACGCGUUCCAAUAUUUGCGACGCGGCUGUAGGGGGAGGGUGGGGUUGGGCUGAUAAGGGGAAGUGCGAGGAAUUUUGCAGUAUUGCUAGGAAAGAUCUGUCCCCCACACAAAAUGCUUUAACCGCGGCAAGCUAUUAGGUUCGUCCUGUCCUGCAAGGCAGGCGUAGCCUUAAACUAUGCGAACUAGCUUUUAAUGACACAGACCUGUGUUAUAUCUCCCUCAUUCGUUCUUCCUACGCCAGUCGGCAAAAGACAAAGUUAUGACGAUCAAAGGUGGGCGUGGGCGCAUUUUCUGGUCGUUUAAUAACUUAUCUAGUUGUGCCACACACGACCUGCUUCGUAACCGCACACACACACACACACACCAGACUUCAUCGGGGAGGCACGAAUCAUUGGGAUCAAACAGUAGACGUAGACUGUGAAGUUUCAGUACGUUCCAUCUACAAUUCUAACGACACUUCUGGUCGUCACAUUGGAGAUAAUGGUGCUUGCACCUGUGCUACCAUUACUGGCGCUGGUGAUCGUACCUUACAGUCGUCCAGAGCAGCCGCACAUUGACAACAAAUUGGCUCAGUAUCCUGAGGAAACGGAAAUCUUUUCCUCGAGAGUGCUGAAAUCAUUUUGGCUACAUUCUCUGCCAGUCAAAAUUCUAAGUCUUGCUCCUGAUAUAUUAGCCCCAGUUUUUCCCGUAUCUAACACAACGAACAUUGUUUCUGGUGGCAAUGCUUUGCCUGGACCCAUCCGAUCCGAGAUCGUGCUGAGCUCGUUCACAGGCUAGUUAGUGACUAUUCCAAAGUCCACCGAACUGACAGAUAAAAGCAUAGACGCAAAAUCAACGUACAGGGAAUAAUCGGGUAAGAUGUAAAAGGGGCCUGACAAGCUUUGUUGAGAACUGUAGGGUGAAGGGCCCCACUAAUCUGUUGGUAGACUAUGGAUGGCGUAAUAUGGGGUUUUUUCCUGACCUCCAUUUACGGACAUCAUACUGCCAACGACAAUUACUUCCCGUGCCCACAAACCACUACUGACACUCCGUUGUUUAUUGAAAUUUUGCUUUAUAUUUAGUUUUGAUUAACGCGCUCAUUUCAGUUGCUACGCGAAAGCUUAAGAUAAGGCUUUCGGCAGAAAUCCAAACAAUUUCUGCAUUUUCUUGCAUCUCGUCAACUUACUGUCUGUUGUGCUACCCCACCCGUAAAACCCCUUUUACCACCAUUCGCGUCUGACACGAUCCACCGACAGAUAAACGAAGUCCUUCACCCUACCGUUGCCGUUUUUGUUUGUUGAGGCUGCUCGAGUUUGCUAGAAAACAGUAUGUGGACAUUAUUGUCCCUUGAUGGAUUUGUCGGACGCGCUUGCUAGAGGGAGUUGCCUCUACGGUUCUAUGACGAACACAGAAUCGGGCCAAAAUGUCAAGGGCACGUGCCAAAUUCUGCAGACACCAAUACGUUUUGGUGUUUUCGUAUGCACUUAUGCCCCUCCUUAAGAAUUACUUCUUAUUACGAUUUAUCGCCUAAACUAAUCGUUGUAGACCAUGCAACAACGGAAUGGAACUUCUGCCUGAAGUCCUCUUCUUCACCAUCUUUCUCGCGAUGAGCCAACUAAUUCUACAUCGCACACCUUUCCGUCCGCGGUGACUGCAUUCACAGACGUCCGCCGUUCACCACCCUUAUAAGCCUGAUUUGUAAAACGGGCGGGAAAUCACCUCGUUACAGCGAGCGUCGGCGUUCGAAUUUCGGAUAGGUCAGAUUAUUUGACGGAAAAGCGCGCAGGAAAAAUAAAUAAUCGAGUGAGACAAAAAAAUCGCAUCCGACGCAACAGUCAAAUGUCAGCCUGCCAAACUGUUCUCGGAGUUUACCAGGUUUCACUGACGUCGGUAGAUUCUUUGAAGAUCGCAGCCCACUCUCGUGCGCCAACGCUACUAAUGAAUGUGGUUAGCGAUCCGACGACGGCCGCUCUGCGAAUCGUCCCACGCCUUCCAAAAAGAGUGUGCAAGAUAGGCACAUACACGGGAAGGAGGGGGGGGGGAGGUGGCAUUUGUAAGUUUCACUCAACUCUGCAACGGCCCUUUGGAAGGGGCAACAAGUUGGUCGCCCGUUGCUAGGCCCAAUGUGUUUAUCGACACAAACGUCUGCCCCUUCCCCGCGGGACUGACCUUAACUAGUUUUAUUGGAACCUAGAAUGGCGUCCGAGAGAUCGGACGUGAAAAGGAGGGGGGUGAGGGGUGUUGGCAGCAUCGUAGAUUUAUAUCUCCUAUGUGAAACGGAAAUUAACUGCCAUGACGCCCACCUUCGAACCCAGUUCGCCCUCUACAUUUGCCUAUGGACCUGCCAUGGUGCUGACCCCAGCCGAAAGUUGUGGAGGUCACACAUGUGUAAAUACAUGGUCUGUAAUCACCCCCUCAGGAAAACGACCGCAUGUGUAGUUCUUUCAUUCCUCGGUGUGAUGCCGGAAACAGGCAGCAUAAGAGAAUAAAAGUGUUGGAAUCAGGGAACACCACCCAUAAAAAGAAAACAAGACAGUUAAGCUUCAGUUUUAUCUCCAGUCAACCGGACUACAUGGUCUAACUCAGGCAAGCAGUCUCACGAGUAUAAUCCACUCCCUGAUAUGUACUGCCUUAUCUUCGGUUGAGACGCUGCCUAACUUUGGGAAAGGAAAAGUGAAAAAAGUUACUGCGUGCAGCAGUAUCAUCAGGAGCGUAGGGUUUUCCCCUGCUUUCCCUUUAUCUUUGAAGCAAUCGCCCAGCUAGAUGAUGGAGUCCAAUUGAAUUGUGCUUGUUACUGAGACUGGAUGAAGGGGGAGUGAAUGCACACGUAAAUACAGCCGUAAUGGAAACAGCUUUUUCACUAGCUGAUGCGAGACGAUGGAGUACUUAGGCCUGGGGGUGGACAGGGAAACAGGCCUGAAUUCCUGGCCAAAAACAAUUUUCAAAUUCCUCUCCUUAAGUCAUUUUCGGUAUGGCUUUGCCGACGGGCAUUCUUGAGGACGCGGUCAGGGCGACAACUAUAGCCUUCAGUCUUCCUUUCUCUCCUCUUGCCUGUCUCUGUCCGCAAUCUCACCAACCCCCUCCCCUCCCCCGCCACCACCCAAGUCCGUUUUUCUUAUUGACAUCAACACAGGCACUUUCGGCCACCAUCACCGCCACCCCUCCCCCCAGAACGUUUUCAGGGCCUGAUACCAUAAACUGUCAUCGAAACAAAGUCAACAGCAGCCCAGUGGUGGAGUGGGGAAACAAGGGCUUUGAUUUCACUACGCUCUUUGGACGCUUCCCCUGCCCGUCUAUUCCCCCUCGUCUUUUCACUCCGUUACGGACUCCGACGUCCAUUUACUUGCAGCUGGAGAGGCAGUGCUGAUUGAGGAGGGGGGAGGGGAUUGGGGAUGCUUGCAUGACUGUUGCUUUCGUAAAAACCAGGCAGCACUGUUACAGUAGCAACGAAUGCAGAUUGUUCGGACGCAUUAGCACGAGGCAGAGACACAGCCCGGAAGAGGUCGGUCACGUACGAUAGAGAAGAGAUAAAAGCUACGUGGUUGCUGCUGGUACUGCUGCUGCUGCUGUCGCUGCUGCUACGGAUGCCGGGUUGCAAUCGGUCUUGUUUGAAUGCGAUAGCGGUGGUCAGAGAACGAGUCUAAGUGGGUAUGGGGAGCCUGUUUUGGAUUCGGGGGAGCAACAAAAGCGCUUUAAAGGUAUUGUAAGCUGACUGGUGGGAGUCUGCAGAGGAUGAGUGGAAUUUUCAGAAUUAACAUGCCUCCACGACAGGCCAGUCUGAGCCUCGUUUGCCUCCCCCCACACUUCAUCUAGCAACCGUCUCAAGCACGAAAUAAAAAGAGUUGAAAGACACGAAAAUUUGGAUGGGCGUUUCACCUAGUUGCACGCAACUCCCCGUAGCCGUAACUGCUUUUGCGGGCGAGGAGGAAGAUUGUAGUCAGGGUGCAGACGUACAUGGCAGGUCAAAAGGAAGUAGAAGGGGAAUAGCUGAAAGUCAGCGUCCGUGAGUUAAAAAUGUCAUUAAAAUGCAUGUUCGCCAAAAUCAUAGACAGACUUGCACAUUCUUUCGGUCGGCCUUCUGACAGGGCAGCAGACCCAUCUAAAUGGACCUUUUUUGGAUUUAUUCAGAAGCCCAAAAUACCUGUGGCCAAGAGAGAAAUAAUUGUUUUACACAGAAGCAGCUUGUGUACAGAUCUGUCCAUUUUGUCUUGGAGCUUAGGACCUAAAGACUACACAGGCUGUUAAAUGUAGGUAGUAAUUAGGAUAGGCCUGUUCAUUCGACUGUAAGUCGAACGAGUAUUCCGGCCCUCAGUUGACGUGGCGUCAGCCCAUAGUGUGGUUAAGAGUGUCUUUCCCAGUAAUCAACCGACUUCGAUUUACAUCUCAGCUAUGCGCGAUUGGUUCAUGUUAUCAAAUAAUCCAAAAAUGACUAUUUUGCCUUCUCAAACUUCGUCAGUACAGUUGCCGACUAGAGCUUCCUUCCGUAUAAUGUCUAUCUCCACGUGCUACUGUUCGGACGCCUAACUGGCAGCGUGCAAAAAAUUAAAAGACUUGAAAAUCGAUACACUUUUUAUUCAAAAACUGUAAGCCAUGCAAAUUUCAACAAAAUAUAAUUCAACACUUGGCAGUUCGGGUAACUUUUCCCUCACCCUAGAUAAGGGCAUUUUAGAAAAUCGUGUAUUUUCUUAGGCAAGUACGGCGAAUCAGUAGGCGAACGAUGUUCGGGCAACCUUUUACACGCCAAGUGCCUUUGAUGCGAUUUUUGACUGCUUUUCUAUUUUCUCCUAGGUUAUAACCACCAUGUCUGACGCCAAACCCAUGGUCCCCGCGUCCGUUAGCGCGCCCUUUUCUAGCAAUGAUGGGACUACGAUUCCGGCCAGAAUGGUCGCCACAGUGGGACAGCAGGCGCAACAGAAACAAACGACUGUGCCUAAUAUCAGUGAAGGCGCAGUCUUCGGUUUGAUGAAGUCCCUGAAAAGCCAGCCAAGUACCUCGAACGCCAUCGCUGGGUGGCCAUCGGGGUUCACCGGUUUCUUCAGCCCUCUACCUCAGCCCACUCUGAUAGGUGGCCAGGUGGCCAACCAUCAACAACGACAGCAUCGGCAUCAGUCACAUAUUGGCGAAUCAGCCAACGCCACCGGCACCUCCAAACUCUCCCCAGAACCACCGGACGUCCUUAGUGCGGCCGGCACGGCGGCAAAUUUAACUUCGGUAAAAGCACAGAAGCGGCACUCCCCACUAGAGGGCGGCAGUGACAGCAGCACCGUUCGUGGACAGGUGACAGUGGCCGACGCCGAAGUCGAACCGGACGAGCAGCAUAAGAGGCAACAACAGACUGACGAGUUGAGGCAGAGCUUUCUGGCCACUGCACUGUCAAUGAUGACUGCAACGGCAACAGGGCCAACGUCAAGCGGUCUUCUGGGCUCUCUCUUGCCGUCUGAAGCACAGAAGCUGGUGAACGGCAUUCAACAGACCCCCAGUGAAGAAGCAGGCAGACCACAAGUACCCACCGAUCUGGCGACAUGGGAGGAACUCGCUUUGGCCUCCCGUUUCUUCCCUACCUUUCUACCACCGUAUGGGUCCAGUGAUUCAUCCCAGACAGAUGGCCGAGUGCAAGAGGCAGUUGGCCAACUGGGCUACCUUCCACCACCACCGCCCAACCCAUCGGGGGUGGGAGUUCAACUUCCAACGUCCAAUCCCUUCUACAUGUCAGCGGACUUUGAAGAUCAUAAUUCGAGCACGAGCCUAUCCGCAGGUCUUCGAUUCUGCACAAGCACUUCUCCAACCCAUGCCUUUUCUUCUCUCUUUGGCUGUCCAAGUUUUAAUUUCUUAAGUAGCCUGCCCCAAGCCCCCCGUGGAGAUGAGGAUUUUUGCGAACUCUGCCAAAAACACUUCUGCAACAAGUACUACUUACGCAAGCACAAGACAGAUGUACACGGUAUUCCGACGGAACCCUUCACACAGAGUAGACGUCGAGAUUUACCGUCAAAGUCCUUCGCACUGGCAGACCCUGAAACAAGCAAACCGGCUCCAUCGAUUAAUUCCACUGACUGGACAGGUGUGUUACCCUGUUCCGCGGCGCUUCAGCAGUCUGACGAGACCGCUUUAGAGGAAAGUGUGGUCUGUAGAAAGAACUCUGUGGAUAGCCAUACUAACUGGGGCAAUCAGCCGCCAACCCGUGCGGGGAAUCCCGAAACUGGGGAAUGUGUGGCCACGAUGAAGUCCGAUGAGAGCGUCUUGUGGUCGAGAGGAACAGAACAACAGAAGCCAUCAUCUGCAGAUGGUACGAUCCCCUUCGAUACUUCAUUAUUCCCACUUCAUAUUCUCAAACAAGCUGAAAGCAGCAGUACGCAGAGAAACUCCUCGACGGUUUCCUUCGGGAAUGCAGCAUAUACUAGAGAAUCAAACAAAAUAGAAUUGUCAGAGCAUGCAACAUUCAUCCCCCCAAAGUUGAGUACCAUCACAGAAGCUUCAUCAGUCACGUCGGCAACCUCCCUAUCAUCCAAACAGACCGGAGGCUUAAACGCUGGGGCACUAGACAUGUUUAAGUCCAGCAUGGCUGCAGCAAAACUGGCUGACCGUGUAGUCUGCGACCUGUGUAGAAAAGAACUCUGCAACAAGUACUUCCUGCGUACUCAUAAAAUCAAGGUACACGGUCUGUCGCCGCAGGAGGUCGGCGGUCCAGUCCCCCGUUCUUCUCUGGCGAAGUCAUUUGAGAAGACCACAGAGACCGCUGUUUCCACCAGUUCGGACGCACCUAAGUCGGCGACGACGGCUACUUCUGGUGGCUUGGUCCAAAAGCCUGGCCCGCUCGACUUUAGCGUUUUGGCUUCUCCCUUCCUAGGAUCGGGGAGCACGACGGGUAGCCAACCCGACAAGUUACCGUGUCCACCGCUCCCGUUUGGGUCCUUUCCUGGAUUCCCCCUGCUGCCUCAAAUUCCAGCUCCUCUAGGAGGACUUCCUCUCCCCGUGCCAUGGUUUCCCAUGAUGACAACCACAUCGACACUCUCAGAGGAAUCGAACUCCUUCCUGCCACCUCCUUUGACCUCCACCGUGGUCACGCCUCAGAUCACAUCAGUAAAUCCUGUACAGUCUGAAGGGGGGACAAUGCCCCUGCAUGUAGAGCCUCCACCACAGCAGUCACUGACCAGUUUUCCCGAACCACACCUAAAGGUUGUCGACCGACAGCACUUCGAAAACGGAGGUGCUCACUUUGAGGAGACUCAGCCCACCAAAUGGAACAGGGAAGCCCAAUCGGCUGCGGCGGAGCGGCAAGAUGCUGAGCCUAUGCACUCCGCGAUCCAACUGAUGUCGACUGAUGCAUCGGUCAAUUGUCCCCUGUGCGACAAUACAGUGGGACCCCGCCUCUUUCUGCCCACGCAUCUCACCUCGGCGCAUGGUCUCAGCCCGACUGACCCUUCCUUCUUCAUAUUUGUUCUGGGUGCUCGAAUGUCAGAGCAACCGAAUCAUCGACGGGCCUCAUCUUCAGGCCUUCAAGAAACACCAGGAGCUGACGUGGCCUCUCUCAUUGGUCCAGCCGGCACCAAGCCGACCUCACCUUGCGACAGGACCCCCAAAGUGAGCAACACUUCCACUGCGGCUGACCAGUUUCUACCCUACUCAGCGGCCAACCUCGUUAAUCCGCGAUCCGUUUCGUCGGGAUUGAAUAUCACAUCGCAGUCGAUUGCCAAUGUUUUGGAUAGCCUUCAGGAUGCAGUAAAAGCUCAGAACUCUACCGCCACUGACAACAUAUCCGGUAUGCCGCCAAGUAGGUUUACUGUAAAUUCUUAAUUUUAAUGAAUCGAAAGUGAGAAAAUUUUCUUGAAACGUUAUAUGUGUCCGGCUGGUGUAGUCUGAAGCCUUCUACGCAAAAGUAUCUUGCCUAUUACAUAAGCAGUUACCUUUGCCACCUGGGGUAUGUCUGAGAAAUUUAUUGUCAUGUAGAAACCACUGCUAGGUCAGUUAGAUGUCAAUAUUAUUCUUCCUCCUAUUUCCACUCAUCUAUCCCUUUAUCCUAAACGGUAAUAUACAGUCAUAUUGUUUUUAAACUGUGUACUACGCAGAAGACCAAACAUUUAAUAGUGCAGCGUCCCGCUUAAGCAUGCUGAGAAUGGUGCGGAUGAUGAAAAGAAUAUUUUCAGGCAAAUAUCCUUCUUUGGUGGAAUGGGGGAAUCGAAAGAGGCAAAUAUUAGAGAUGGUCACGAAACAUUGUAGAGGUUUUAAAUUAUUCGAGCCCUAAAUGUAUUGAUGUGCGUCCAUUAUCCCCAAAAUUACUAAAUUUUGCUUGAAAAACCUCGACCAUAAACAUUAUUUGCGCAUAUCAAGCGCUAUUUUAGCUUGCUCAGCCAAUCUUGAAAUUGUUGUCCAAGGGAGAACUUUUCAGAGCUCGAACGAUUUUUAAUAUUUGAGUUUUCCUUGAACCCACUUGCACUCGCCAGAGGGAAGCAUACGAACGACUGCGGUUGUCGCUGGGAAAACCUCUUUGAUUUUCCCCCCGAGUGUCUCCGUAACACAGGGCAAUUGGCGUGAAUGACUUUCACCUCACCCAAAUACAAUCCAGGUUUCCAUGUUAAGUUUUUUUCGACGGUCACAACCGCAAAGUGGGGUCGAUGAAGCGAGAGAAUUGCUAUGCUUGCAAAAGAUUAACUCAUUCAUUUUUACACAAUGAUACUGAUAAAGAUGCGGGUGUACGAUUCAGACAAAAGUUAAGCCAUGGUAGGAAUUAUCAGCCCUGAUAUUACCCCUCGAUAAGUCAUUAACUAACACAACGUACGACCGUAAAUGGAAGCAGGAGGUCUCAAAACGGCGGUUUGGGCUGAAACGUAAAAGCAAUGCUGAUGGGAAUGUCACCAGGAACUAAAAUAUCUCAGCGCUACAACUGAAGCCUUCUGGGCAGACGGUAACUGCCACUGAGAUCAAAAGUACCAAAAAUGCAUGAACCCCGGGGUUUUAUGCAGCGAACAGACAGACAGUGGGUACAAUAGAGGAAUUGCACUUCACCCUAGGAGAGCCACUGAUAGGCUAAUUGAGUGGUCAAGAAAGUGCCAUAACCCCCUACAUUUAAAAUCCUCUCUGGCUCUCUGUCAACGGACGGCUACAUAAGGGUCGUAGGUUAUCAGCUGGAGUAUUACUGUUUAACUGGUUUACGGCUCCUUAGUUAAUGACAUGUAUCGACAAUGCCUUUAGGUGCACUGACUUGUACAUUCCGUCCUUUUUGUUGGAUUCUAGCAGACAGCUCCGACUUUGCUCAGCUAUCACCGUUAACCUGUGCCGUCUCACUCACGGACUCCUCAAGUAGCAGCAGUAGUGGUGGUGGCGGCUACACCAGUUCUCACAUCAGUGAUGCGAACCCAUCGCUGCUGCCGCAACAUCCAGCCCUCGCUUCAGUCGGCCGACCUUCUCUGGUGGGCAUCCCUGGGGCCGCUUCUGCCACCAACCAGUUCUUCUCGCCCUUCAGUUUACCAACCAGCGGUGAUCGCACAUCAUCUUCGGUCGGCCACCUUGUGAUCCCCCCGCUGGGGUUCAUACCGCUGCCAGGAUCGCAUGGUCCAGCCACUGCGGUGCCACCACCACCACCACCGCCACCGUCGUGCGCCCUCACAUCUGUCGUCUCGGAGACUGCGCCAUUCCGUGGACCACCACAAAUGGUAAACACCACAAAAUGGAACCCAGUACAGUUGGCUGCCUCCGGCCUAACUACGUCUGCCGGCUCAAAGCUGAGUCAGGUCUCGGGCACAGGUCAAUCGCGAAAGUCGCCCAACCAGAUGAGAGUGCUGUGCAACAUUUGCAAUAAGUGGAUCUGCAACAAAUAUUUCCUACGCACUCACAAGGCCAACAAACAUGGUAUCACGGAGGGUUCUACUGCCGCAGCAAACAACCCCAGCAACACGACAAUGGCUUCAGCAUUGACCGGCACAACCUCCAAAACCUCCUGCACAAUCCCUACAAUGUCGAAUACUGUAUGCAGUCAAAACAGCAGGGCAGUGCCUCUUAUUUCGGAAUUUUCUGACGAGGGUCCUGUCGGCUUCCAAACGACAACACAAACCAACGGGGCCCCGGAUUUGGAGGAGAAGUACCGCUGUCCUCCGCAAUUGAGCCCUGGUCUUUCUGUCCUCUCCAUGUGUCCCCCGUUCCACCUGGAGGCCCUACACUCACAGAUUAUGGCUGACCGCAGAGCCGAGGAGAAAACCGUGCCGGAGGGCAGCUGUGAGGAGUUCUUGGCGCUCGUAUCGGCAGCGGCUGCCGCGGCCAAGGCAAAGGAGGAUGCUCAUAUGAUGCAAACUGAUCUGACGAGGCUCACCAUGCCCUGGCUGUUCCCCGGUGCCCUCCGUAGCCUGCCUGGUGGAAAAGACUUCCAACCAUUCUUCAACAGUCUUUCUUCUGACCUUUUCGAGAGGAAUCACGAGCGCAAGUCAGAUGUAAGUUCUUUCCACUGACUCCUGUAUUGCAAGAAUUAAAAGCACAAAGAAAGUCUUGUUAUCUCAUAGUUUCUGCAGUGUAAUUUGAGAGCACCGCUGUCCACAAUAUUCCAGCCGCAAGGAAGAAGGGUCCUUCGCAAGUGAAUCCCAAGGCAAUCCUGAAAAGUGGUGAAUAGCUAUCGACAAAAAGGAUGAAAGUCUCUCAUUAAAGUAACCACAGUCAUAACAUCCUCCUCAUCUUGGAUGCAAUGCCAAAAAUCGUUCCGAUACCUAAAUCCAAAACAUUACGUAUUACAGUUACGAUUUCUACCCGUAACUAGACACAAUAGAGACGGAAGUGGAGUAUCAUAGGUUUAUAUUAAAGACAAUUUGGGUGACGCAAGUGUUUAAAAAUUGUUUUUAGAGUAAAACUGCUGUGGAGAACGGUCUGGAACGAAGACAGAAACAGUUCGGCCUUAAAGCUAAUUAACCUCAAAUGGGAACCGAUUAGAAUUUUAGAGAGAAGUAUUACUCUUGCACUUCCCUCUGGUCUUUCCCUUCUACUUCCCAUUACGAUCGUCUCAUGCUCUCCCCAUGAAUGAUUUGGCUAUCAUUUUUUGCAAUAUUUUACAGGCUGGUGACAAAGGACACCCCCUUAACCUCUCACUGAAGUCCAGCCCUCCGCCAAGUGCUAAAAGUGAGACGGUUGUGUCCACGCCUCCAAAUCGGACCUCACCUGGUAUCGAGAAUAGCAGACGCAAGAAUGAAGCAGAAGAUGCGUAUCUUCCACAUGAGAUCCGACCGGGCUGCGAAAGUGAACCCUCACAGAGAACGGUGAGGUGUAAGAAACGACGUAGGCGACAGAAAAUGCCCCUCUCCAAGGAACAUAUAUUUUCAGCCCGAAUUCAGGCUUACCGGUCCUGGAGCAGCUUGCGCGAAUAUGUCACUAAGCUGUUGACCAGGGUGCACAAGCAGUGCUUGGUGGCCCAGAACGCUGAAACCGCCUCGAAACGCGGACGUCUAAGGUCCGUACACACCAACUUGGAUCGCAGGAGAAAAGUAAAGGUGAGUAACAAUGCUAGAACUGCCAGACCUUGUAGAAAUCGCAUUUUUCGCCAGUUAUGCACUACGAAAAAUAGGUCUCGAGCAAUUGGUCCAGUUUCGCCUCCUCUAUGCAGAAAUGAUAACUUCAUCUUCCUUGGCAUAACUGCAGAGUUUUAAACUGAAUCUGCUCCUGCUGAACAACAUGACCUUAACAUAACUGAAGGACUAUGAAUUACUAGAGUUUCCGAUUGUUUGCCAAGACCAAAACGUUAAACAACAAGCUAACUGGGGAAUUAAUUUUACUAGAAAUUGGGUAAAUGAUUAUUUAAUUUCUUCUUAGUAAAUUGCCCACUCAAUACUUCAUUUAACAAGGCAUUACGGGGAGUGGUCUUUGGAAAUCGUACAUUGAGCUCUUACCCGUCCUCAGAAAGGCUAUUUUGACGAGGGUAGGUUAAACUGCCCGGGCCCCAAGUGUAAGCGCGAUGCGGGCAUUGAAAGUAAAGUAAGCUGACGGAGGAUGCUGAAAUCCGUAGUGAGGAAAGAAGCCGAGGCGGAAGCGGUAAAGGCAACCUAAUCUAUGACAAAGCUGCCGUGAGAUUGAAGGAAGCCUAGGAUGCCCGAAGAAGACCUGACUGACAGGAAACGCGGACAGCAAUACCCCAGACCUAAUCGUAGAUCGAACCAUAACCUCAAAAGUAAACCUAAUCCUCAAUGUAAUUAUAAACCUAACACUAUCCCUAAACUGAACACUUUACCCAACAAUAAAUUUACCACAAACCCCAGCUCUAACCCUAAACCUAGCCUUAACCCUGGCCCAAAUUUUCACAUAACCCUAAACGUAACUCAAAUUCUUACCCAGACCUUAUCCAUGACCCCAGCCUUAGCCGUCACCCAACCCUAACCCCAUCCUUAAAACUAAACGCAAACUUAAACCACAAUCCAAACCCUAACUCUAUCAGGACACCCCUAAACUUAACACAAACCCCAACUCCAAUCUCAAUUUUCAGCCCGACACUAAUCCGAACCCCUAGACUAACUCUACCUCUAAACCGAGACAUUGGGAUAUCCUUUUCCGUUUUAGCUUUGGCUACUCUCUCACUAACAAUUUCAGCAUCCUCCUUCGGCUUACCUUAUCUGAAACGCCCACAUUACGCCUACACUUGGGACCAGGACAGCGUAACCGACCCUUAUCGCUACAUAUAUUUAAGUUCUGCUAAUUACAGAGGCUUAUCAGAAUCUGCACAAUUUUGGAGAUAUUUCGAAAUAGAAAAGGUCGGCAUCUGAGAAAUCGGACAAAUUGCUUGCGCUGGAAGAAUAAUUACGCCAAGAAGGGCAAUUCAUUAAGAACUAAAAAAAACAGAAUGCAUUAAUGCCAAUCCGUCUGCGCUUUCGCAUGAACUAGCAGUCCUUUAUUCCCUACGGCCUUCGGGCAUAUUAACAAGUUCCGUGUUCCGUUAAACGUUGUAAAUAACAGCACUGGGGAGCUACAUUCCUCAAUUCGGGGAUUUCAUUGAUUUUUAAGAUCAUCGUCUUCUUUAAGGCGUACUUCAGACAUCAAAACACGGGUAAGCAUCCGAGAUAUGUAGUUUUCCCCUAAUGCCGACAAAACAACCGGAAAUGUUGGAUAAGAACUUCCUUAUGCAGUCAGUGACCAAGCUCAUGAAAUGUUAACCGGAAUUUUGAAAUGCUGCCUAAGUAGUAUGCAUUUUCCCGCCGACUUUCUGUAUGCACAUAAACUCAAACAUAUUGUGCAGCAAACAUUGCCAAACUGUCUUUUCUUAUACUUAUUUGAUGGCAGAUAGUGUCUUCAGCAUGGUCAGUACUUGAAGGAAGGAUAUCUUUCAGUCUCAGAAAUUUUGUUGUUGUGGAAUUUUUUGAGACUAUUAAAUGCCCAUCCAAAUGGUAUCGUGCAAUGUAGUUCACAUCCAUUGGAAAAUUAUGUGAUCUCUGUAUGGUAUCUUCUUAGUAGCGUAGAGGAAUGUACGAUUUUCUUCACAUGGAAGCUAUGCAGCGUAUGAUAUGAGUGGCAGGUCGGGAUCAAGUUAUUCAGAAAUUGGAAAACGCGUUUGAGUCUUAGAUAUAUUUUUUUCUUUGAGUAUAAAAUUCGAAGAAAACAUGACCUGUCACCAAGUGAGUGCAAGAAAGAAAGCUUUAGCUAUGUUCUCUACAAAGUACAUUUGAAUUUAUAAGGACAUCGAAAAUGAUACAAACAAUGAAUGCUACUUCAGAAGGCAUUUUUAAAGAGUCCGGUUUUGCGGUCGGUCGAAAAGGCGCACAUCCGAAAGCCGACGUUGGGGAUUGUGCUGCACAACCCGUUUGAGUAACCCUUCCUAAUUGAAAAUGUAUUUCAAAAUUUUGGCUGACAUUUCAUUGGUCACUGACUGUAUUUCAAGUAAAAUACAAUCAGUCAAAUUUGUCCGCAUGAAUUUGAUUUUAAAACAAGUUUUGCCUGACUAAUGUAAAACUAUUCGAUUUCCUCCUUCUGCAAUUCCCACAGCAAAACAAUACUUUGACAGCGAAAUCUAAUUAGAAUGGGUAAUUUAGGAAAUGGAGCAUAUAAAUACGAGCCAUUAUGAUAAAAAUUCAGGCUACUAAAGUAAAAAUCAGCAAUAUUCAGAAAAUCGUCAGGGGAAGGACAUAGGGUUCUUCAUUGUCGGUAUGCACAGCUCACCAACGAACAACUGCCACAUUUCGGGGCGUGAUGCGUUAUAAGAUGUGACGUAGUGAGACCACCGACAAAAAAAUUUUGCGCUAAUUUUGUUCUACUGGUGGACUGCGAAAACGAUACCCUGCGGCUAUCCCCGGCACCACAACUUUUGCGCAUGGCUAAAUUCCCACUGUACCUCGUAUUACAUCCUUGACAACCUGAGUAUAUUGGCCAGCAGCCCGCAUCUCGUACAGCCAUAGAAAAAACUUAACUUAAUGCGAAUAAAAGGGCAUCUUGAGUUAUCAGAACCACAAAUAGUUAUGCGAAUGGGAGGAAUUAAUAGAUGGGUCGUACUCCUAUUUGGACUCUCCAUUGCUUUUGCCCUUAGCUCUCCAUCCCACAGUUACUACCCCCUUGUUAUGCUGACAUCAUUUCGUCACAAUCCCAUUGAACUCAUGAUUCCGAGUCGGUGGUGCCAGGAUUGAAGGCUAAACUACCAUGAAUCCACAAAUAUGAAUAUUUUAGCUGAGGAAGAGAAAGAGGACAUAAGGGUGGGUGGAAAUUCUCCAGAAAAACGGAAUUAGUGUUACAAUGUGCCCACCUCCGUGUCUUAUGUUAAUUACACCGAUGGUCAUGCGGCUUAAUGGUUAGUGGAAAGUGAUAUCGAUUACAUUUGUGGGAAUUUGGUGAAUUAAGCAAACUAAAACACUCGCUUGUGUCUCCAUACGUGGCAUAAUUGUACACAGGUCAGAGAAACAGGCAUGCUGUCAACAUCUGCUCCGACAUGGCGCCUAACCGCAAGAAACUUCGCAUGCGUCCAGUCUGAUUGGCUUUACGCAUGCUGCCCAACAGGCGGCAGGGACAACAGCAACAGCAGCAGCAGCAGCAGUCGCGGACGCUGAUCCUGCCAACUUGUCAAGACACUGACGGCUGUCAGGACUGCAGAGCAGGACAUACAUAAAUGGCUAACUGCACCCUGUAGCCAGACAUGCACAAACGCAGUCGUGCCGAGCGAUUUUCAUUUCUUCUCCGUCAGGGAGCAGAUGUAGCCAGGCUGUCGGAUCGCGUCACAAGAGCAGUGGCUAACUUACAUAUUGCAGUUUUGCCCUUCUAACAGCCUUUUUUCCCUUCAUGUCUCCUGUCAUGGCAGAAUCAGCACAGGGCGCGGGGAUCGACAACGAAACGAAGUGUGCGAGAGAAAGUGACAAAACUGACUGGCGGGAGCCGGGAGUGUCAGCCAAGGCGAGGUGAGCCCUGGCAUAACUUGUGUCAGACCUGCGGAGCUUGGUUCAAUAAGCGCAGUCAGCUGGAGGCUCAUCUAUACUCAGCUGGGCACCACCGCUUCAGUCGUCCCAAAUCCUCCUCAGGCCCUAGUAGCCAGGAGGACUUCCAAACUGGAGUUUACAACUUAUCGAUUGAUAAACACGAUGCAAAUCGAAGCCCCAAUGGCCCUUCAGGUACCCAGUUUUCGAGUGAAUCUUCACUGCCCUCUGCGCUUGAGGUUAUAGCGUCGUCCUCAAAUUCCGCCCCUUCCCCCAAUACUGUUACCUCCGGCUCUUUUCCGGACACAGAACGCUCUUGCUCCAAUAGUCAAGAGACUCCCGGGUCGAGUUUUCUGCGCUGUCAAACAGGCAUUUGGUGGCAGAGGUGCGUUUUUGACGGCCCUCCGGGGACAGAUGAUUCGCCGCUGGAACUACGCAUCCGUCCGCUCCCUGUGGGUCCCCUGCCAAAUUCAAUUGCUCCAGUCUCCUUACCAUCUACCCAAUUUCCAUUUUCUCUUAACGAUAUUCAGCGGAUUAGCGAGGCCUGUACGCCAGUGAUACGACCGCUCUCUGGUCUGACCGAGACUACUCCCAGCAUGUAA